UUAUAAGAAGUAUUAGACGACUUGGAGUAGACUUGUCCUUGUGACUUUGUCAAUGAAACUACGUUCGUCGUUGCACGAAUUUAAUCUCUAUAUCGUAAGACAAGAAGUGAAGAAAACAACUAUUACGAGAUUUUUUUAUACAACUAGUGUUAGGUUGAUCAACACAUCAAAGCUAGCUAUAAUGGGAGCAUACAUCUGCGCACAUCCUUCCCUAAGAGAGAAAGAGUUUGGCGAUCGAUUCGUGUUCACCUGUGACGGAUGUGAGGAAACGGGGUAUGGCUCUUGCUAUACAUGCACAAAUAAUUGCGACUUUCAUUUACAUAAAGCUUGUCACAACGCUCCCCCUACAAUCAAGUCUCACCCAUUUUUCAUACAAGGGCCUUUUGUUUUAGACAAGAGUAUCAUAUUAGCACCACAAGCGGCACAUAAUUGUGCCGCUUGUGGAACAAGUGUACAAGGGUGGAGGUAUGUAUUGACUACUAAUAAUAUAUUUAGUCAUAAUACUAUCUAUUUACACCCUUGUUGUAUGCAACUCCCUCACACGGCCUUGCUCCCCGUGCUUAAAAGCAUAGAUUGCUUGCAUUGUCAAAGCAUGGUGAGAGUUGGAAAUAAUAAUAAUGAUGAAGGGGAAGUUAAGGGAUGGGCAUACGUUACACGUGGCACCGUGGUUCAUGUCAAGUGCAUGAAAGACAUGCUUCAUAUGGAUUGGGAGAGAAGAUACGAUAAUAAUUCUUCUAGCUCGUCGAAUAAUAAUCAUGGACAUGAUAAUAAUGAAGACUACAAUUAUGGCACCCGAGACCGCCGUCUUGGGUGUCAAGGAAAUCAAGGUUGCGGACGUAUGAGGAAGCGUGAUUACUUCUUCAGAGGCUUGAAAGGGUUAGCACAAGCUCUUAGUAUAUUAAAUGAUCUUGCAAUUAUUGAUUUGGAUUCAAUAAAGGAGGAUAUGAUGGAAUUUGUUGAAAAUUUUCAGGGGAACUAAGGUUCUUUUUGGUAUGUUGAAUUGUGUAUGAUUGUUGUUUUUGUCUUCCAAUAAAGUCAAUUUUUUAUGUAAUUUUUAGGACUUUAUCUAUUAUACCUUAUCGUCUA